GUUCCGGGGCGGUGAGCGGAGCGGCCGCGGUUCCUCCGGGGGGUCCCGCUGCGAUCGCGGUACCGGGGAGGGGGAGAGAGAGCGGCUGCCGCCAUGGCGAACCACCUCCGGUUUGUGGGCCGCACCGUCAUGGUCCAGAACGGCAACGUGGACGCGGCCUACAGCGCUCUCAACAGGAUCCUCUCGCACGACGGCCUGGUGGAGGCGGUGCGACAGCGACGGUACUACGAGAAGCCGUGUCGACGGCGACAGCGCCUGGCCUACGAGGCGUGCCGGCGGGUCUACAACGCCGAGAUGGGGCGGAAGAUCGCUUUCCUGGCGCGGGGCAGCCGCCAUGACCCCUGGCUGGGCUGCUAGAGAGGGGGGGGGAGAAACCGCACCACCUCCUCCAGUGUCAAUAAAAACCCCUCCGCUGAA